UUCCAUAAUCACAACAAAAACGGGUGCAAUAUUUUUCUUUCAAAGGGUUCGCUCGCUGCAGUCCCACCCUCCAGAUUACAUAACAUCGAUCCGGCCAAUCAGCGCCCGCCGUACCCCCUUGCACGACUCCUUUCCUUUCCGCUUUCCGAAAAGAUGAAGCCCUCCACUCCCCCAAAAUCCCAUUCACCCCUCCCGCCCGGAUUCCACCGCGUCAAAAUGGCCUCCGCCGAAAUGGAUUCACCUGUGGCUUCCCAGAAAUCCUCGUCCAAAACACAAAACGGCAGCAACGGCAAAGUAGGCAGAAGACGGAAUGGAAGUGUCUUGGGCGCUGAGCUUCCGGGCGACAGUGAUGUCGCUGCUCUCUCUACGCUAGGGAGUCCGCCCGCAACACCUACAGAGAGCGCUCGCGAGAAAUCCGGCCGUCGUUCCAAACGCCGCACCCUCCGAAGAGCCCUCUCCAAGUGGAAGCGCAUGUGCAUCCGACACACAUGGCUGCUUCCCCUCACCCUCAUGACCACCCUCCUCUCGCUAUACAUUGUCCACCCCGUCCCAUCGAAUCCCCUCACCUCCGCAAUCUUCCUCUCGUAUCCUCUCCCCCAGAAAUCCGGCGACGACGGUCCUAUCCAAUAUGGCAAGGGUGCGCGCGACUUUGCCUUUGUGGCCUUUUACAUUAUCGUCCUGUCCUUUACUCGUGAAUUCAUCACGCAGCGGGUGCUUCGACCCAUUGCAAUCCACUAUGGCAUAAAAUCAAAGGCGAAGCAGGCUCGCUUCAUGGAACAGGGUUACACGGCGGUAUACUUUGCCAUCUUUGGACCGUUUGGGCUGUGGGUCAUGAGCCGGACUCCUAUUUGGUACUUCAACACCACGGCCAUGUACGAGGGAUUCCCGCACAAGACUCACGAGUCUUACUUCAAGGCGUACUAUUUGUUGCAGGCCAGUUACUGGGCUCAGCAGAUGAUUGUCUUGCUGCUCAUGCUCGAGAAGCCGAGGAAGGACUUCAAGGAACUGGUGGCUCACCACUUCAUCACUCUGGCUUUGGUUUGGUGCAGUUAUAGGUUCCACUUCACCUACAUGGGCAUUGCGGUCUACAUUACUCACGACGUUUCCGACUUCUUCCUCGCCACAUCCAAAGUUCUAAACUACAUCGACGCCGCCAUUGUAACCCCCUUCUUUUUCGUCUUCAUGUGCGUCUGGGCCUACCUCCGCCACUUCGUCAACCUCAAGAUCCUCUACUCGGUCCUCACCGAAUUCAAAACCGUCGGCCCCUUUGAACUCAACUGGGAAACCCAGCAAUACAAAUGCUCUCUCGCGCAAUACAUCACCUUCUCUCUCCUUGCAGCCCUUCAGGCCGUCAACAUCUUUUGGUUCUUCCUGAUUUGCCGGAUCGCGUGGCGGUUCAUUGCAAAUGAUGCGUUGGAGGAUGAGAGGAGCGAGUACGAAGACAGCGAGGCGGAGGAGGAGGCCAAGAAGGAGAAGAAGGCUAAGAAGGCGAACGAGAGGGCUAGCGUGGUGGCUGCCACACCCACGUUGUUGGUCAAUGGCGAGGCUGUGUCGUCGUCGUCGGGUCCUGCGUCUAAUUUGAGAGCAAGGAAGUGA